AUGGGCGUGCGCGGACUCAGUCGCUUCUGUCGCCAGCGCGAGGCGCAGACGUCGACCGAGACGCCGGACCUCCAUGACGUCACGCUGGCCGUGGACUUUGUCGGCUUCCUCUACUACCUCUGCGACGAGCUCUUUCGCGAGACAGACGCGUCGCCCGCGUGGCUGCUGCUUGGCGGCUGCACGCUGCGCUUGGAGCGAUACGUCGAGACGUGGCUUGCGCGACUGAAGGAGCGUCGCGUGCGGCUCGUGUUUGUCACGGACCCGCCGCAGUGUUUUGGCGGUGAGAGCCACCGCAAAGGCCUGUGCCUGCAGGACCGUCGACAGCAGAAGGCCGAGCAGAUUGAGCAGGUGGCCCACAGUCCAGAGUGGAGUUUUCCUCGUUGCAGUGAUGGUAGCCAGAGGUUGACACGCGCGGGUAGUGGUUCUCUGCUGGCCAAGACGUUGCUGCAGACGAAUGGCCGCUUCCCGUUUGCCCGCGAGAAACUACGGGGAGUGCUGAAGAGCCACGGCAUUCCGAUCACAACAGCGAGUCGAGAAGCUGAUGAAGAAUUGGGCGCUAUGGUCCGGACAGGCGCAGCGUUUGCGGUCUUGGCGGAAGACUCGGACUUUUUGGUCAUGACGGGAGUCAAGUACAUUCCGUUUGACAGGCUCACGUUUUACGAGGACGAACAGUGUCCAGAGCACUUGAAAGUACGGGCGCGCGUGUUUUCGUCCGACCUGGUGGCACAGGCACUCGGACUGCAAGUGGAACAGCUGGUGGACUUGGCACUGCUGUGCGGCAAUGACUUCACACCGGUGCUGGACGACGCCUUUGACAUGGCGAAAACGCUUGGAUAUCCUGUGCAGCGCCUGCAGGCGUCGAGCUCGCUGUACCCUGCAACGGCUGCCAGGUGGGUUGUUGAGCAUUUGCCGACGGUGGAGAAUCCUUUUUUGGCGCAGAUUGAAGCAAAGAAGAAGGGGUUUCUGCAGGCGCUGUUUGAGAUUUACCGAUUUUACGGACACGAGGAAGUGUUUUUGAAGAAGUUUCCGAUGAAGAUCAAGCCGAUUAUACCUAUCAAGAAGAUGAAACAAUACAAGAAGUUGAUUGAUCACUUCGAUUAUCCCCAGAUGGCAAUCGACAUUUUGGAAACAAAAUCACGUGGGCUAAGUCUGAGGUUUGACCCGUUAGCAUGGGUGCCUGGAUUGGAAGGUAAGUCGCUGGAUGACCUGCAAGCACCAGCACGAUAUCUGUCCUACGUCGCGCUGAAUGCGCCAGUGGUGCAAGAAAUGACAUUUGACCGCACAGUGGAGGUACGCGUCAAACCGGUGGACAGCCUCAGUCCUUUGCUGUCAAUUCCAUUGCAGCAGCGCUCUGCAAAGGCGGUGGACAAGAUCCUUCGCUCUCUGGCAUUUUGUCUGCUGUACGAUGAUCCGAAUGGAGAAAAUCCCAAGGCAGCACAGUUAGCUGGCACGUUGGGAAAGGCGGACAAAAAGGGACUUGCAGUGAAGAGUAUCGUGUAUGGUCUGCUCGCGUUAUGGAAACAAGAUAGAACGUAUUUGGCUGAUGCAAGCUUGCUGGAUGACCGGCUUCUCGAGUUGUUGUUGCUGUCAUCGUUGAUCUCAUUGGCGAUAUGUAUGUCCAAGCAAAAUUCAGAAGACGCUCGAGCUCUCGUCGUGUUCGAUGAGCAUCUCUUGAGUAUGGAAGUCUAUGCAGUUGUCGGCGGCUACCUCGAAAUCCUGAAGCAGUUUCACCAGCUGCGGCUUGUGAUCGGAAGCAAACUGCCAAAAAAGCUAGGCUGUGCGACGUAUUUUUCGUGCGAAGUGUUCAUUCAAGUAUGCCAGGUUCUGAUGCAGCGCAACGGCACCAACCCAAUGACGGCAAAGACCCGGAGUGGCGUACCAGGGUUUUCAUUCAAUGAGGUGAAGCCAGUGUUGAAUCUCUUCACGGAAAUCUCUAGCAAUGAGUUUUGGACGCAUUACACAGCCGUUCGUACUACGAUGCGACGCAUGAAAGAAUUGAUUGCGCUUCCAGCUGACCGUGUGCAUGCUACCAUGAGCGACAAGGGCCUCGCAAUUCUUGCACUGGAAAAUGCUAUGACAAAGCGUGACCCGAACAGCGCUGACAGCUCUAAAGUACUGCCAGUGAUUGCACGACCCCUCCCACCAGCUGAUUUUAUACCACCUUUGCCGCGAAGCUUGCCGCCUCAGCCGCAUGUGCCAGCCUCGACGUCCAACCGCUCAUUUGCUGACGCCCAGCCUGCAUCUCCUUUUAUUCCACCUCUGCCACCCAAGGCUUUCUCAAAUCUCCAGGCCUCGGCGCCUCCUUUUAACUCGCGACUGAUAAAGGGUUUAAUGCCAUCGUCUGUAGCAAAAUGCCUUGGCAUGGGUAGUGCCGUGCGUGAAAAUGCUGGGCACGUGCCAGAAACAGAGUCCCAGGUCAAGAAGCCCGCGAGUUUGAAGGGGCUGAUGAAAACGUUGCCUGUGUUUGGCCACCGGAAGGAGAUUCUGGACAACGUGGCUGAAAACCAGCUGACGAUUAUCCAAGGCGAGACCGGUUGUGGUAAAAGCACAUCGGUCCCUCAAUUUCUAUACGACUCUUGGGCCCGAGAUCGUAGUACCAGUGGCCGACCCGUCAAUAUAUAUGUGACACAACCGCGACGUAUUGCUGCGAUAGAACUGGCCGGCACUGUGGCUAGGAUGCGAGAGGGGAAUGAGUUUGGGGAGGAUGGUCGAGUGGGAAAAGUGAUUGGGUACAGAAUCGGGCAGAAACAAGUGACUUCCAGCGAGACCAAGAUCACGUAUGUGACUACUGGGUAUAUGGUGGAGCGGAUUAUCCAUGACCCAGAUGCGCUGAAAAGUAUGACACACUUAGUGCUCGACGAGGUGCACGAGCGCAGUAUGGAUGUCGACCUGCUACUGUUGCUGCUCAAACUUCAGCUGAAGGAUCACCCCCAUCUCCGCCUCGUCAUCAUGUCUGCAACCAUGGAUGCGCAGCUUCUGAUCAAGUAUCUGGGCGGAUCACUUUCGACGCGCUUGGUCAACCGAAAGCCUCUUUUCGUUGGUUCCAAGUUGUUUCCUGUGAAAAGCGUGUACCUGGACGACUUAUUAGAUUGGUUUCCCAGUCUGUCGCGACGGUGUCAGAAGGAAAUGACCUACAUGAAAGGCCAGUUUCAUUUGCUCUCGCAAGCUCGUGUAAGUGCGAACAGUGAAAUGGCAAAGAAAGCAAUUUCGAAGAUCCACGAAUACCAGUUGACCAUGAUUGAGGUCAUGGUGCGCUUGCUCAUUGAGGCCCACCGCUCUCGCACUGGAUCACAAUGUUUUCUUAUAUUCUUGCCUGGUGUCGGAAGCAUCGACACGUUGUACGAGUCACUGAGCUUUCUUGCCAUGGGCGAGCAAAACGUUCAGGUGUUGGUGCUACAUUCGGGAAUAGAGUUGGAGCACCAGCAGGAAGCAUUCAAAUUGCUAGGGGAGAGAUCAACUAAGAUCAUAUUGUCCACGAACAUUGCCGAAAGUAGUGUGACGAUCCCGGAUGUUACGCAUGUGAUCAACUGCUCGAUUGAGAAGCAGAUUGAGAUGCCGAAUGCAGAGAAAUCGCACGCGGAGGUUUUGGUGCAUACUUGGUGCUCGCGCGCGUCUGCACUGCAACGCUCGGGGCGUGCUGGAAGAGUCAUGCCUGGCACAUCUUUUCACCUGUUUACGAAGCCAUUCCGUGACCUGUGUAUGGCUGAAUACAACACCCCGGAAUUAUUGCGCAAACCGCUCGACCGCACUGUGCUGCAAUUGAAGGGACGGCUUCACCAGUUUGGGGUGCCCAGCUCACUUCUCCAACAGGCUCUGGAUGCCCCGGACCUUUCUCGUAUCGGUGGAGCCUACAAGCUGCUGUCUUCGUUCGAUGCCAUUGACUCUGAUGAGGAAAAGAACUCUCGUUUGACGAGGUUUGGCUCGUUUGUUUGCCACAUGCCUCUCAGUCUUGAGCUGUGCCGACUUCUCAUGACGGGCGCCUAUAUGGUUCAGGACACUUCUAGUGGACAUGAGAAGUGGCCAUUGCUGCUAAACGUUGUCGUCCUGGUGGCAAUUCUUGCUGCACCAGACCUGUUUGUGAUGCCGUCGUUCUACCACGCGAAGUCCGCGCAAACUUAUUUGCAGGAGAUGAAGAAGAACUUGGCAGCGAAGCUGAAGUUGGAUGACGGAAUGUGGAGCGAGCCGCUAUCGAUUUGGUUGUUUUACAUGAAGACAAUGAGUGAGCAAUCGUUGAAUAAGAAACAAAACUUGAAUGCCACUUUCUUUAAGGUGUCCAUUUCUGCUCGACGGUAUCAGACAUUGAAUUUCUUGAUUUCGGAUCUGUGUGCGCGUCUAGUUGCACUGUCAAAGGACAAAACUGACGAGUUCAGCCAGCUGUUGGACUCGGAAACGGUCGUGAUGUUGAUCAAGCUGGAUGGGUACGCAAGUUCUCAGCGGAUGGACAAGAAGCUUCUGACGUUUGCUCGAGCUGUUGUGGCUAGCAGACGCAACGAAGCGCGUGUCCUGCGUUUCUUGAUUAUACAAAACUUCGGUGAGCAUCUUAUCGGGAGCUCCCGAGCGAAGCCGACCAAGUUUGCAGACGAUGAUCUGGACGGCACUGAUCGUGUGGAUCUGAAAGUGGACAAGAAAGAAGCUGUAAGUUUUCACUCGCUUUCUGACGAGAACAAAAGCGUACUCUUUAGUCAACUCGCCAGCAGCGCCGAGCCGGCGGAUGAGCUUGCAGCCAUCACCCAAGCGCACAACGUUGUGUCAAUCUACUCGUACAUUACGCCGAAGAAUAACGAUGGAGGCUUACUCAACGACAGCUGCUUUAGCGAAGUGACUGCCAACACGUUAUCAAGAAUGAGCUUCCCAGUGUCGCUGGUCUACUACAUUCGUGGCGAGGGGUUCCCUGUGGAUAUGGGCUUGGGGACGGAACCAGAGCGAAAUAACCUUUCGUUCAAGUUGCGUGUAUCGCGUAGCAAUUCAUGCGGGCUAAAGUGGGAGCAGCUAAAAGACAACGUCAAAGCGUCCAUUGGCAACCGCAGUCUGUUCUCGCUGCCUGUUCGCCCAGUACUAAAGGAACCGAAGAAGGGGGAGAAGGAAGCGAAAUUGCUAGCGGUUUAUGCCGAUCGACUGUUCAUUGGCGACGAGACGAAAAUGCGGUGCAACAACUGCACACUGCUGCCCCCAAGCAGCGUGUGCUACUACCCGAUUAUGUUGCUGGUCACUGCUCCACGCCAUGCUAAUAUUCAGCUGCACAUGGAUCCGGUAGCAGGAGAAAUCUUGCUGGUAAAGGUGGGGGCUCAAGACGCAACUCUUCCUCGCAAGAUGGCACUCAAAGUCGACGUGCUAGCGACUGUCAAUGCGGUGCGCGCGGCGCUGUCAGAUGCACUGAACGCGACGGUAGGAGCCAGGAGAGUGUGUGUGUCUGACUUGCUGGCUUUAGCGGACGACUCCGUCUUCUUGACGAAGGAGAGUAAGGCGAAUGCAAAGAAUUGCAAGUGGGCACGCUUGUCGAUGGACAUGCCUGAUAAAGCACAGCUAGCGGAGGGAGAGACGCCGGCUCGGUUUCCAGCGUUGUACAUCUGA